AUGGCUGCUGCUAUAGCUGAGAAAGUUGAUGCUGUAGUUGUCAAACUUGGCUUUCAGCUACAUGACAAACAGAAGGAGGCCAUUCUUAGCUACAUAUCUGGCAAAGAUACUUUUGACUCUAUCAGAGGCUUGCCCCCAGGUACAAGCAUAGCUUUGGUUGUCUGCCCACUGAUAGCACUGAUGAAGGACCAGACUGAGAGAUUCAGACAACUGGGUAUCGCUGCUGCAUAUGUUUGGGAGCCUCAGAUAUCAUUGGAAAGAUUUGCAACUGGUGAAUUUCAGUUGAUCUUCAUUAGCCCAGAGUGUCUAAACAAAGGAAGAAUAUGGAGGAGCGUGCUUAAGUCUGACCUUUACCAAGAGCGGUUAGUGGCCUUUAUUGUUGAUGAAGUACACUUAAUAAAGAACUGGGGAGAGGAAUACAGACCAGAAUUCUCAAAACUAGGAGAGGUAAGGAGCCUGCUUCCAAAGAAUACUCAAGUUAUGGCUUUAACUGCAACAGCAACCAGUCAUUUGAGGGAGCAUGUAAUGAAGAUAAUGAGCAUGAAGGAUGUUGCAUUAGUUGAAGUGUCACCUAGUAAAGAUAAUUUAUCAAUUGAAGAGUUAUUUCUGCCAAUAAUGAAUGAACUGAAAAAUAAACGGCUAGGAAUGGAGAGAAUUAUUAUUCUUUGUUGUCGCCCAAUCGAUUGUGCCACACUAUGGAGAGCAUUUUUCUGCUACCUGAAGGAUCAAAUGACAGAACCACCUGGGCAUCCUCUUAGAAAGAGUUACGUCUUGUUGACUAUUACACGGGAUGUACACAAGAGUCUGUACGAAAUGGCCUCCUUAGGUAAUUUUCAAAGCAAUCCUGUUUAA